UGCUGAAGGGGAUUGUGGUGCGUAAACAGGAUUAACUCUCUAGCCCCCAGCUGUGCUGAUUUGCGGGGCAGCCUGCCAGUCCAGUCCCCGCGAGCCCUCGCGUGCGUGCAGGGCCCAGCUCGUGGAGCGGGGGGAUGGGGCAGCCAGCUGCCUCCCUGCUGUUUCUGGGGCUGGCUCUGUGGCUGAGUGCGGUGGAGGGCCACAGCCUCACCAACAGCUGCUCAAAAUCUGGGGUGGACGGAGGCGACCGCUCCUAGUUGUGGCCUGCAUCCAUCAGCCCCUUCUUCCUCCCUGCGUGUCCCCUCCGCCCAUCGCACGGCAACAGCUCCCUCCAGCCCGCACUAUCCUUCACCACGGCCACGACUGCCAGCCCCUCUGCCAGCUAUGGGGGACCUACCCGGACUCGUGCGCCUUUCCAUCGCGCUGCGCAUCCAGCCCAAUGACGGCCCUGUUUUCUUCAAGGUAGACGGCCAGCGCUUCGGCCAGAACCGCACAAUCAAGCUGCUCACCGGCUCCUCCUACAAGGUGGAGGUGAAGAUUAAGCCCACAACACUGCAGGUCGAGAACAUUUCCAUUGGUGGCGUGCUUGUCCCACUGGAGCUGAAGUGUAAAGAGCCUGAGGGUGACAGAGUUGUCUACACGGGCAUAUACGAUACAGAAGGAGUAGCUCCUACCAAAAGUGGAGAGCGGCAACCUAUCCAGAUCACCAUGCCGUUCACAGACAUUGGGACCUUCGAGACAGUGUGGCAAGUCAAGUUCUACAAUUACCACAAGCGAGACCACUGCCAGUGGGGAAGCCCGUUCUCUGUCAUUGAGUAUGAAUGCAAGCCCAAUGAGACACGCAGCCUCAUGUGGGUGAACAAGGAGUCCUUCCUCUGAAUACGGCUCCUUACGAUGUGGCUAGACAAUCUCCAGAAAUCUACGUUUAGACAAACCAGCACAAGCCUUAACCAAGGCACGCCACACCAUGGUUGUUUCCCAAUGAUGUCCUAGCCCCAGUUACUUUGAAAGUGUGAUUCCUCUUUGAUAUAGUGACAUAAACGAUGAUGUCACAUCCCUGAAAGUUCUCCUUCCACCCUUCGAUGCUGGUGUUCUUGCAUCCAGCCGCGUUCCAUCAUACUGCCUGCCGGUGUGACUGGAGCUCAGAGGGACUAGCAGCUUUGUCCUAUCCAUGAAGGUUCCACAGAAGGACCAUGGUGUUUUAUUUCCAAAACAACCAAUUCCUCCCUUUUGUGUUCAUUGUCAGAUAAAGUAACAAUGUGCUCGAGUCCCCCAUGUGUGUAUAUUGUAACAUGUAGCAUGCAGUAUUUGUGAACCUCCAAAGCAGACUUUGUGAAAAUGUAACACAGUCAGCAGUGAAUGGGACUCGAAUGCCAUGCUUCCUGUCAACCCCUCCGCUUCCUCAGAGGAAGAAAAUGACAGAAUAAAUUGAUGAAUCUAUAAAGAAACAUUUAUAAUGUAUUAGUAGUCUUUCCAGUAGCAAGGCAUUAUGCUGUGGCCUAGCUGAGAUCAGGAAAAGACAUUAUUGUGGCUUUGGAAGUUUGGGUUACCCUUUGGGCAAGCUACCACAGACCAAGCACACAUAGAGAUGCCACCCUCCAUACCAUUUCAUUUGAGCUCUGUACAGCGUGUAUGGAAUGGUAAUCAACUUUUGCUAUUUCCUAAUAAAGACAUUGAAAAUCACGGCCCAGCUUGAACUCCGAAUUGUGCAACAGUUUCCUAGCAGGCCACUCUCUUUUCUAGGACAGUGCACUCAAAUCUCUCUGCUGAAGGGUAAGGAGAGUGUACUGAGAGUCAACCUUCUAUACCUGUCUAAGUGGUGGCCUCCAGCAAGGUCUAACAUGGCAACAGGAGUUUAAGCAGCUGCUAAACCAUCAGAAUAGGAUUGCUAUUGUCUCUGUUCCUUCCUCAGUAGCAACUACUCCGGUAGUUAGCUGCUUAACUCGAUAGCAAGAGGGCUUCGUGCUACAACAAAGCAUUACAGCAGCAUUGAGAUGUCUUUGCCUGCUCAGAGGUCGUUUCAAGAUGCAUAGCACAAAGUCUGUGCACCUCACGGUUCCAUGGGAGGGGAUCGCCUCUUAAAAUACAAUAUCCUGCCUUCCAUGUUAUCACUCACUUGCCCAGCAAGAAUCCUGUCAUGCUGGGAGGAAGUCAGCUAAAGAUUCUGGUUUUCUGUUUUCGUUUUUUUUUCUACCUAUAAACCUCUCACAUGAGAAUAUAAUGGUCCACACCUGCAAUCCCAGCCUGUGGGAGGAUAAGGCAAGAGGACUGUAAGUUCAAGGAAGCCUGUACUGUAUAGCCAGACCCUGUC